CACUUCUUGUAUCUGUCAUUAAAAAUAUCAACAUUAAAUUAAUUCGUCAUCUACUAGAAAAAUUUUCUUUGCUAUUUAUAUUCCUUUGUCCUGGAAAAUAAUAUCGUUGUUAUUUUUUGGUUAGUAGCACAAUGCAAGAUAACUGUCCCGAAUUGUAUGAAGAGGUCAAACUCUAUCGGAAUGCUCGUGAACGUGAAAAAUACGACAACAUGGCUGAUUUGUACGCGAUCAUCAAUACUCUUCAACAGCUGGAGAAGGCGUAUAUACGCGACUGUAUCACUCCACAGGAAUAUACUGCAGCUUGUUCCAAAUAUUUAGUGCAAUACAAAGUUGCAUUCAAGCAAGUUCAAUGUGAUGAAUACCCCAGUGUAGACAUAUUUGUAAAAAAAUUCCGAUUAGACUGCCCGGCAGCUUUGGAAAGAAUACGAGAAGAUAGACCUAUUACAAUUAAAGAUGAUAAAGGGAACACAUCCAAAUGUAUAGCAGAAAUAGUGUCCCUCUUCAUAACCAUCAUGGAUAAACUGCGACUUAAGAUGGACACAAUGGAUGCUUUACAACCAGACGUGAAAGAUUUGGCUGAUAAUAUGAACCGCCUUUCAUUGAUUCCGAGAGAUUUUGAAGCAAAGCAAAAAGUAGAAACUUGGCUCAGCACUUUAAACGAUAUGCAUGCUUCCGAUGAGUUAUCGGAAGCACAGGUCCGUCAAUUUCUAUUUGAUUUGGAAUCGGCUUAUGCUGACUUCACUAAAUUAUUGCAUAGCCAAUAGCUAAUUCGUGUGUCAACACAGUAUUUACAAUAGAAAUCCAGAAAUUGAAUUAUAUAUGUAUACAAAAGUUAAUCUCAUAGCCGUUAUAGAAAUAAGUUUUAUUUUGUGAUUGAAUUAUUAAAAACUUAUUUGCAUAAUUCAUUAAGCGACUUCUUAAAAAAAAAAUAAAAAGAGAUAUUGUACACAUGUGGUAAUAAAAAUAUAGCAUAAAGUAAACUCGUUAA